AUGGCUCGUUGGACGUUUUCCCUGCCAAUAUACGGAUUAAUUCGAAAGGCGGAAAUGUGCUAUGAAGCUUGGAACACAGUGUCUGCGAGCGGGGAUUCGGCACAUUCUUCUACGGCCACGUUGAUCGAGUCGACCCUACCGCGUUCUACCCAGCUUUUCAACAUUUUGCGCACGAUUUAUAUCACCCUAGAGCAAUACUACUUGAAUACCUUUUAA